GUUAUCUCUCUGACCAUUGGCCGAUUAUAUUUUCUUGCUCGACCUUUGGCUGAAAGGUGACUAUCGGGCUACGGGCUUUAUUAUAGUGGGAGAUGGCGACUAUGUUGCGACAGGGUUGUGCUGUCUUAGAAGCAAUUUCUCGUAAAACUGCCCCUAAGUUCUUGGGUGGCGCUACACCAGUUCUUCAGAAGCAGCAAAAAAGGAAUUUGAAUGUACAUGAGCAUAUCAGCUACACCCUUCUCAAAGAUGCAGGGAUACCUGUCCCAAAUUUCGGGUUGGCAAAGAAUAAGAAAGAAGCGGCUGAGAUAGCGAAACAGCUAAACGUGAAGGACAUCGUUUUGAAAGCCCAAGUUCUGGCAGGUGGCAGAGGUAAAGGGUCAUUCAAAGGCGGCCUUAAAGGAGGCGUCAGAAUGGUGUACACACCAGAGGAAGCAGAAGAUAUUGCUGGGAAGAUGAUAGGCGAUUACCUGGUAACGAAACAGACUGGAGAAAAGGGUCGAAUAUGUAAUUCAGUAAUGGUUACCGAACGUAAAUUUCCAAGAAAAGAAUAUUAUUUUGCCAUUAUGAUGGAGCGAGCAUUUUCUGGCCCAGUUUUAAUAGCUUCAUCCCAGGGUGGAGUCAACAUUGAAGAGGUAGCAGCAGAAAAUCCUGAAGCUAUUUUGUAUGAGCCAAUAAGCAUUGUGAAAGGAUUAUCGAAGGAACAAGCUGAAAGAAUAGCAGAGAGUGUUGGUUUGGGGGAUAAGAGAGAAGAAACAGCUGAGAUUUUGCUGCGCCUCUACAAGCUAUUUAUAAGCAAAGAUGCCGUACUGAUUGAAGUAAAUCCUUAUGCUGAGGAUGCCAGUGGUAAUUUUUAUUGCCUGGAUGCAAAAAUGAGGUUUGAUGACAAUGCCGAUUUCAGGCAGAAAGAAUUGUUCGCUCUUAGAGACUGGACACAAGAGGAUGAAAAGGAAGUAGAAGCUGCAAAGCAUUCCUUAAACUACAUAGCACUUGAUGGGGAUAUUGGUUGUUUGGUGAAUGGUGCUGGAUUAGCUAUGGCUACAAUGGAUAUCAUUAAACUACAUGGUGGUGAACCAGCAAAUUUUCUAGAUGUUGGAGGGGGGGCAACAUCACAGCAAGUCAAGGAAGCAUUCAAAAUCAUCACUGCAGAUCCAAAGGUUCAUGCCAUCUUGGUCAACAUCUUCGGUGGAAUAAUGAGGUGCGAUGUCAUAGCAGAAGGUAUUAUAGCUGCUGCUAAAGAGCUUAAUCUUCGACUUCCCAUCAUCUGCAGGCUACAGGGUACAAAUGUGGAUGAUGCAAAAGUUCUGAUAGCAGCAUCGGGAUUGAAGAUCUUGGCUUGUGAUAAUUUAGAGGAAGCUGCAAGACUUGCUGUGAAACUGUCCAACAUUGUCAGCCUUGCGAGAUCGGCAAAACUAGAUGUCAAUUUUGAGAUUCCCCUGUAAUAAGUUUAGCUAUUUAAGUUUUUCUUUUUUAUUUUGUUUUUACUUUAUGAAUAAAUGUAGACCACAUUUAAUUUAGGUAGCUCUUAAUAUAUGCAGUGUGGCUUUUAUAGCUGAUAGAAGGCUGUAGUAACAUUUGUAGAAUUGAUUUGUUAUUUUAUGUAUUGUACUUUGUUACUUAUUUAAAAGUAUUUUAUCUGAGCUUACAGAUCAUAGUAAAUACUGUGCAUGCUUGGUUUAAGCUUUGCUUUGCUUCGCUUCAGAUUAUGACUGGACUUUUAAGAAGUAAGCAGCUGUGUGUCUUGAAAUAGUAUUUGAAUUGCUUAUAAACUGAUGUACCCAGGAUAAUAUGUCAUUCACAGCAGGCAAGAACUAGGGAAGCUGGUGCAGUUUUUAGUGCAGAGAUUUUUAUUUGUCUAUUGUUUUGACUGAUGGCACACCAAAAUGGAAUCUCAACUCUGAUAUUCAGAAUUAAGGUUCCAUUUUCAGAAAAGUAUGAGAAAACAGGAUAAUUGUAACAUUCAACUACUAGUAAAUCACAUUUUCCCUUAGUAGAUGUCGUGGACAGUACACUUUUGCCAUGGAGGGUUCAACACAAUAAAUUGUAUAUGAAAUGCUUUUGGUCGGAACUUUGUUUGCUUUGUAAGUUAGUGUAUCUUUAUUUUGAUGAUCUUGUGCUUUUAAUUUAUUUGUUUGUAAAUAUUUAUUUAUUUAAUGUAAAUAGUGUUGAGAUAUUGAACAUUACAGACACUCAUUGACGUGUUUGCUAUAUCUGAUUUUGCCGUAUCAGAGGUAUUUAGUUUUUAUGUUUCAUUAAUUUUACUUAAUUUUAUGUAUUUGAAUGACAAUUAUAUAUCAAAGUUUUGAGCUUGAAAUCUUUUAGCAGAGAAAAUUUCAGCAGAAAUGUGCUAGAUGCUGUGCUUUUCUCUGGUUUGUUCUUCAGUGGAGAGACCAUUGCAGCAUAAAUGACUGAAAAAAAAAAACUGUGUUUAGUGUUUGCUAUAUUUAUAUGAAGCGAUAGUGACAAUUCAAAAAUUGUGACUUACCAAACACUUUGAGCUGUUUAAUUACAACAAUAAUUUAUGGUAAAACAGAACAGAGAUAAAUUUUAGCUGGUGCGUAAUAUGAAAAUGGGCAUAUAUGCAAUAAGUGGCAAAUGUAUUAGGUCCCGAAUAAGCCAAGUUUGCACUUCAAAAGAAAUUACCAUCAUCCACUCACAGAAUACACUUUCCUGCAUCUCGCUGGAAUUACAGUGACUACAUCUAAAGACUUCGUGAGUGGUUUAGUAUUGUGUACUAGAUGUCAGAUACACUUACUAACAUAAACAGUUGAUGAAUCUUACUUUCAGAAGAGCCUGAAACAUGAACAUAUUUUCCAGGAGUUUUUGUGAAUUAGUGGCACAGAUGUAUAACAGGAAAGAUUUUAUGGUCAAACAUAGUUCCUAUGGUUCGGGUAAUGCUUAUUAUAAGUCAUCCGAUCAGUUACUGAGAAGUCAGUGAAUGAAUGCUUUAAGUUUAGAAACUGUGUUAAUCACAUGCUCUUCAGGGACAGGAUUCUAAACUUCCUAAGAAAGCAGUAAUGCUUCUAAAUGUGUUUCAUGACAGCUACAAAAUUGAGAGCUCCCUGCGGUUAACAAAAAUAACUUACGGAAAGAUUGUUAUUUGAUAUUAUAUCUUUUUCAGUUGCAACAUUUUACUAGGCCAAUUAAAUUUGAAAAAUGAACUGUAUGGAAUUUAUAUUCUUGUGUUUUAAUAAAUGUAACAAUUUUCUGGUAACACCUUAAAUGUUCAUGUUUGAUGAAAUGGAUUUGAGUAAUGACAUUUUAAAUAAUUUCCAAAAUAUAAUUUUGAUUAGUUUCGUUCACCAUUGUAACAAUGGAAAUUUGGCAAAAUGAUGUUGCCAUCAGGCUAUCACUGAAGUUAAAUAAUCUUUAAGUUUCUGUAAGUGGCUAUUCAUAAUCAUGUAAGUUUAAAAUUUUUGUUCAUUCUCCUUUUUUCUUCUCUGAAAUGUAUUGAUUCUCUUGUUUAAGAGGGAGGAGUUUGUAUAAAAAGGAGAGAGUAUUCAUGGGUGGAAACUUAAAACUUAAUAGAAAUGUUUUUUAAUUACAUUUCAGAAGCAUGAUUGGUUUAUAUCGUUGAUUCUGGAAAUGUUAAUGAUUUCUCAUAUAUCCUUUGAUAUUUGUAAAAGUUGUAAGCAAGUUUGUGUACAAGCUUCUCUUUAUGUUGGUGAUAGAAGUAUUUUACUUAUGUCUCCAGAUAUGUGAGGUUGACAUAAUGGAAGUGGGUAGCACUGACACAGUGGGUAUAGCACUACAGCUUCAGGAAGAGGUGCUCAGUUCACUGUCAGGAUAUUUUGUUUUAAGUUGUGUUUGUUUACUAAUUGCUUCAGGUGAAUACUGAGUUGAUUCAAUAAAACUUUCCUUGUCCGAUAAAGUUUAUUCUUAAUCUACAAUGAUUGUGACAUGAUAUGGACUUAGUCAUUAGCUGCCAAAUCCAAUGUAUCUUACUGAUUCUGCAGUAUUAAUGGCUGGCUAAAAUGAACCUCAUUCGUCAAAUCAGCCUGAUUAUAAAUCACCAUAAAAGUUUGUUGUCUGUUGUAACACUUGGUUUUUGAUGUUUGUGCUCCCAGAUUACUCUUUUCCUCACUCCCUCCCCUCCCCAGAAAUAUUGCCAUGUGACAAGUUGCUUGUUAUUAUGGAUCCUCAUACCAAAGAAAAAAGCUUUCAAACUUUUUGCAUUAGAUUGUAUAAAUAGCUUUAUAUACAGUGUUACUUUCAGUGUCUUCAUACCCCAUACAUCAGUAGUUGCAAUAUCUGAAAAUCCGUUGUGUAAGCUGCAGGAGUGAGGGAGACUCACUCUCACUAUGCAAAAGGUAGUCAAUCUGUAUUGUGAAAGAACUUAACGGAGCAUCAAUUUUCACAUUUUUAUAAUAUACUGUGCAUCCCAAACAUCUUUUCUGUACUGCCAGUGUUGUCUUACAGAUGAUUAUAUGUAGUUCAGGAUUUUGAUAACAAGUGGUCACAGGUUUUUGUGGUGUUUGUGCAACUCUGUUUUACACUUUGGUAAGCUGUUCAUUGUUUUCUUAUCACCAUGUUGUUUGUCUUCAAAAGGACUGUUCAUUUUUAUAACAUAAAUGUGUAGUUGGUUACUGAGACUCUCAUGAGAAGAGCAAUCUUUUAUUAUUAGACUAUAACCGUGCAAAAAAUACAUCUUAGUCUAGCACAUGGUUUCCCAAACAGUGUACCAUGGGAAAACUAUUAAUAAUGACAUUUUUCCCAACAUUACAUUUGGGGGGGGGGGGGGGGGGGGAGAGGAACUGGAUGUUCCAUCCAAGUACUAGGAUUCUCAAAGUGUCCAGUCAGAGGAAAAUUUUGGGAAUGUCUGGUCUAGCAACAUUUCUUACAGCUCUAAUAACAGUGCAUAACUCUUCUCAUGGUGCCCACAUUAUAGAUCUGAUUAUGAUGAGCAGUGCUUAGUAACUAUAAGUUUUCUUCAUUAUAUUUCAUUUGUAUUAUUUGUUUUGUAUUUUUCCCUUUCUCAUAUUUUGCACCAUGAUUGAUGUUUGCUAACAUAUAGUGGUGAACCACCCUUAGUUAACUUGAUGGAAGUAACAACACGGAUAAUAUUGUGUAAGACAUUCCCCAGUAAGUAGUAUCAGCUAUGUAGCACUAAUAUUAUUUUCAAGAAUUUAAUAAUUGUUUUGUGUCAUUAUUUUCUUGACUUCUUCCAGCAAUGGGCUACCGUAUUGUGACAAAUGAAAAAUUGGUUAAGAAGACAGUUUAAUUCACGAAUUCAUUCAUUCAAUAUUGUUGUGAAAGAGACUGUGAUCAAUUUUAUCCUUUUUCCUUCCUUGAAAUAUUUCCUUUGUGAAGACCAUAAUUUGUUAAAUCUGUGUAAUUAUUAUGACUGUUGUGUGAAUGAAUAUUAUUGUUUGAUGCCAUUAUCAUAUGUUAAAAAAUGAAAAUUUUCCCAUGUAAAUGUUAAAUAAAAGACAACCAUUUUGUUACUGUUUAAAAGA